AUCUAGUCUGGGCAGGUGCCCGUUUACGACAUUCAAAAGGGAGGCGAUCGAUCGUGUUUACGACUUGCCGUACUCAGACAUUGCUAUUGGUGACAAGAAUGGCGGACGAUCAAGUACGAAGUGUGUCAGCAGCUGGAGAGGCUGUGGCAGACCAGCCAGAGACAGUCGCUCCAGACAUCCCAGAUAACAUUCAGAAAAUCAUUGCAAGUGAGAAAGAGGCAGCAGAAACACCUGCAAAACGCCCGAAAGUAGAUCUUCAGUCAUUGCCCACACGAGCAUACCUGGACCAAACAGUGGUACCCAUCCUACUUCAAGGAAUGUCAGUUCUGGCAAAAGAAAGGCCACCAAAUCCUAUCGAGUUCCUGGCAGCUUACCUGUUGAAGAAUAAGAGCCAAUUUGAGUGAUCGAGAUGACUGUUAUAUUCUUAGGAUAUUUAUUGUUGGAGAUUCCAUCAUUUGGCAAACCAUCAUCCUAAACAUUUUAACAUGAAGCAUUACCUCUUUCCAUUUGUAUUUUUACAUCCUUUGUUUCAUAAGUGGAAAUAAAUCAUUUUAAUGAAUUUGAUAAUAAAA